AUGGGUCACAGGUAUUUGUGCGGGUCAGUCGGGCACGAGUCACGAGUAUUUGUGCGAGUUGGUCGAGUACGGGUCACAGAGAAGGACACUCUGAUAUGGGAUGUUGGAAAGUGGAAUGGUCAUAUAUAUGUAAAUGAAGACGAAGACGAAGUUGAAGACGAACUUGAAGAAGAAGACGAAGAAGAAGUUGAAGAAAAAGUUGAAGAAGAAAAACGUAACCGGAAGCGGCGGAGUUUUACCGGGCUGGACUUGUACCAUCGAAUCGCGGACGCUUCCGGUGGUACCGUGUACGAGACGAUGAAGUCGGAAAUAGCCGCCGUCAUUGACAUCAUCAAGGACUCUGUGAAGUCCCGUCCGCCCGUGAGCGUUCUGAAGUUCCGGUUGACGAGUGGCAUGAACAGCACGUUCGGUAUCCCCGUUGACGUCAUGGCCAUGAACGUCACAAUCACUUUACAGAGCUCACUGAACGCGCUCCCGACACUACAAAUUAACAGACCUGACGGGAGUUUGGAAAGUUUUACCGACAAAAAGAAAGCCACGAAUCAAACACUCGGGUCGAAGUUGGAAAUAAUCAAAUUGUUUGCCCCUGUACCAGGGUUGUGGCGAGUGACCCGGACGUCAGCGGCCGAGCUUCUUGUUGACGUCACAGCCAAUUCUGACCUCGAUUUCUCGUACAAAUUGAUGACGCCAGGCUCAAGCGGGUUCGGGCUGUAUCCUCUCACUGGAAGACCGAUUGCGGGUGACAACACAACUGUCCAGGUGAAGGUCCCACUGGCCGGAAAUCUGACGUCCGUGGACCGGAUACUGUUGUUGAAUGCAACGGGGGCGGCUCUCGCCACCUCCAGCCUGCAGCAGCUUGGUGGCAGGACUUCCGGGAGGACACUCUUCAAGGCCAACGUCGUCAUACCCACAUCCGAGUUUAAGGUGGCGGUUGAGGGUGUUGACGCUGCCGGCCAUCCUUUCAGGCGUCUCAGUCCACAGCUGGUAGCCACACUGUCCAUAGAUUUGCUUAUGCUCCCAACAUCUGGGUCCCUGUACGUAAACCAGAGUAUCUCGAUUCCGUACCUCGUUAGUAACGUUGGUACCGACACAAGAGUCGUGGUGAAUAUCACAGACGACCAGGGAUUUGCCCAGAGCCCUACGUCACAUACACACACGCUCAGUGCCCAUAGCAACGCCACCGAUCGCUUUGUUCUUCGAGCUGGGCCAACCAAGGGCAUCACAUGCACCGUCACAAUAUCGGCCCGGGCAGUGGGAGCCCCAGCCAACAAAGUACAGUUCAGUGUCCGCCGCAUAGUCGUCGAGGAGAAAGUCGUCAAGGUUGUCGAUUCCACCUCGCCCGAAUGCAAAGUCACCAAGGUCAUCGGAAAAUGUGACCUCGGUGCUGACGUGUGCGCAUGCGUAAAUGACACGUGGUAUAUGGAAGCGGAAGUUGGGGACAAUGGUAGUGGAUUAUACUCUGUGUUCGCUUCCGGUGCAGGAAACAAGUCAACGUUCACAAAGUCAUCAUUCAGUCCUGGUCACAAAAUAGCUGAUGGAAUUGUGCAGACAACAUUACGGGCAGACUGUUGUCAUCAGAACGCCAAGGUGACGGUGGUGGACAUUGCGGGGAACGUUGACGUCUGUAACGUCACCAUUACGGCUGGCUUCGUCCCGCCGAGCCCUGCAUUGUGCUCCAAAACAAAGACAUUGGUAAGCGCAAACGGGGGAAGCAUUAACGUCGUUAACACGACGCGUAUUUCGUGCAACGUAACUGACGUUUCUGGUGUUUGUAAUUUGACGUCACCCGGGAAUGAUACGUCAUCAGUUAAAUGCCAAGAUGUAGAUUGGAAGUUUACCGCUCAUGUAGGGUCUGAGGGCUUUGGUCGCCGGCAAAUAAUUCCCGUCGGCGGCGGAAGAGACGCAAACAUUACCAGAAAUAACAAUACUGUUUACGUAAAUACGGACUGCUGUCAUUCUGACGUUACCCUGAACAUUGCCGACAUAGCUGGAAAUCUAGGACAGUGUGCCGCAAGUGUCCAAGUUAUCUCUCCUACCAAGUCUACGCCACCGGAAGACGAGACAGGAGGCGGCAUGGGGACGUCGAUCUGGGUCAUCGUCGGCGGCGUGGUUGGUGGGGUUGUUGUUGCUGCUGCUGUGAUAGUGGUUGUCGUUGUUGUGAUGAAGAAGAAAGCUGCAGCUGUGUUCACACUCAGAAAAGCGAAGUGUAGCGUGGUCGUCCUCAUCGCAUGGUCCGUCAUUAUUGCACUACCACAACUUAUUUGGUUUUCGGCAUCAAGACCUGUGCAGGUAGAAAUAGGAAAUAACAUUACUUUGCAUGGUCACCGAUGCCUGUUUAAUAACGACAUAUAUAGAGAUGAACUUGAUAUAUAUUACAUAUUUGACAUUGCUGUCAUCACCAUUGGUGUUACAAUCCUGACCGUCUUAUACGGCAGUAUACCAAUUGCAUUGAGAAAAAUUGCCGCGUCGACGAGCCUUGAAAUAAAAGCUGGAACCUAUAGGUUGAAGCAAAAACAGAGCAAGGAACCUAAUUCAAAAGCUGGUACGAUCGCUGUUCCUGAUGUAGUUAUUACAACUACCGAUACCGCUGAGGAAGUUACCACACAAAACGAUACCUCUGAGGUAGCCACAACAGCUACCGAUACUAAUGAAACAGCUACUACACCAAACGAUAUCCCUGAGGUAGCUACAACAACUACCGAUACAUAUGAAACAGCUACUACACCAAACGAUAUCCCUGAGGUAGGUACUGCAACUCCCGAUACCGCUGAAAAAGCUACUACACCAAACGGUGUCGAAGAGGUAGCUGCGAUUUCAACUGACGCUAUUAAAACAAGCAACUAUGCGGAGAGUGUUCCAGAGAUAAAAGUUGAUAAACAGCCACCUAAAGAGAAACAUCAGAAAGUCCCCAUUUACAACAAUACAAUGUUUCAGCUUAAGCUCACCCUUAUGACCUUUACAAUUACAUUUGCCUCAUUACUGAGUUGUCUUGGUUAUUUCUAUGUCCGGAUGUUGCACAAGAAGCAGGACCAUGAGUUGUCCGCAAAACCAGGAAUCGAGCCCAUGAAGGUUGCAGAUGAUUCAAACGCUCUUAACACUGAUCAGCCAAGAUGA